GGACAGCAGACCGCCGCCACUCUCCUCCGACCGCGAGCGUGCGGUCCCGCCUGCGGCGUCUCUCCUCGCCCCGCAGCCUGGCGCUCUGUUCCGCCGCCAUUCAGGUCUUCCAUGCGAAAACUCCUCCUCAAGCAGAUGAAAGCAGGUUCACAAUGAGCACUUGUGAGAGAUCUGACAGAGACUGGAGAUGCCAUGGUAAAUGCAAACAUUAAUGAUAUCCUCCAGGAGUCCAUCUACCACCUCAUCAGAAGAAUCCUCAGGCAUUGCAGGAAACACCCAGAAAUAUUCACAAGUGUGGUAAGAGCUAAUUCUUAUCAAUAGCGCUCGACAAAGCAGCAAAGCCUCAUCUGCGUCUGCCUCAAUAUGUUGCAGCUGAAUGUGAUUCCUCUCAGUCUGAUGUUCACCCUGGCCUCAUGUUUACAAGAUCAGGGUUGGAAAUUAAAUGUCAGCAAAAGCAUCACAGUGGAGAAGGGCUCCAACGUAACAAUACACUGCCUGUUCAGCUAUCCCGAGAAGCAUCACACUCCAGAUGUCAAAGUCUACUGGAAGACGGCGGGGACCAGUGUGUGCGCCAAAACGGACAACGACAAGGCGGCUUUCGUUUUUCAUCCAAACCAGACCUGCGUGCUUCCAGAAUUUACAGGAAGAACAAGGCUGAUCGGGAAUGAAAACAGCGGAAACUGCUCUCUACAGAUCCUGAACAUCACAAAGGAGCAGUCUAUGUAUGUGCGCAUCAUUGCAAAGGGUGACCAGUACAGUUUUAAAAAGGAACGUGUCAUCAUUUCUCUAAAAGGGACAUACGUUUUACAACCCACACAUGAACCAGAUAUUAUCACCACUGCCUUGUCUACACAGUCAGUCGCUGAGGCUUUGACCUUGAACACAUAUAUAGCCGCCAUUAUACCGGCUGCACUUGCUUUUGUUAUGAUCAUCACUGGAGCUGCCAUUUUCAUGAAACGCAAAAGGUCGAGUAGAUCUGUAACCCGGGAGGAGUCAAGCUAUUACGUGAACUUCAGGAGAGCGCUGUCGAACUCACACAAGAGAGAAACGGUUUGCAAAACAUCAGACAUUAAAGUGUCUGAAGGGAAAGACGUGGAGGAUCCCAUUUACAUUAAUGUCCAGACACCAGCAGAUGAAGUCGUCCAGAGUUCUGACCACAAGGACAAUAUUUAUGGAAAUGUGGAUCACUUAGAUUAGAAAGUCUAUUGUACAAAUGCUGUUGCCCCUUUUUGUCUGUGUUUAGGAAUCUGAAUUUUGUAUUUUGUAAAGUUAUGUUGCCCGUUUGAAGAGUAAAUUGAUCUUUUAUUCCA